CCCAUCGGAUAUCACAUGGUGAGCCAAACAGAUGUUUAUAAACUCCAUAAUCUAACUGGGGUUGAGGUCGAGAAGGAUGCGAACACCUCAUCCUAAACCCAAUGGGCGACGGUAGUUUGUAACAUAAACCAGAUAAUCUGCUCUUAGCCAAAGCGGUACACGAUGAACAUCGAGGGGGAGGAGAUGCGCAAACCAAUCCGCCUCAUCGCGGCUGCUUGCAGUGACAUGGGCAUAGGAAAAAACGGACAGCUUCCCUGGAGUCUUUCAAAAGAAUUUCAGUUCUUGCUGGAUACAAUUACAGCUGUGUCAGCGCCUGGGAAGAAAAAUCUGGUUGUCUGGGGCCGAACCUCGUGGUUCUCCUGUCCUGAGACGGUCUUCCCUUUGGCCAACUGCUUAAAUGUGAUAUUGAGCAGGAAGCUGAGUGCAGUGCCUCCACAUGCCCACUAUCUGUGUAAGGAUUUCGGAUCAGCAAUUCACCUGGCUUCUGAGCCUCCCUUAUGCCAUAUUGUGGAGACCAUCUGGAUUUUAGGAGGCACAGAGGUGUAUAAGGAAAGUCUUGAGCAUCCAUGGUGUGAUCUCAUCUAUCUCACCAACAUCAUGGCCGACUUUGACUGCGAUGUCUUUUUCCCAAAGUUUGACCGCAAUGUUUUUCGAAAACAAAAGGGCUUUCCUGGAGUACCAGAUGAAAUUCAUGAAGAAAAUGGUAUUAAAUUUAAAUUUCAAGUCUUCAAGAAAGAAGCUUAAAUCUGAAGCCAGGAGAAGACGAGACUGACAAACAUAAUCUUGGAAUUGUUUACGGGGGACAUGGUGAUGGGAAUAAAUAUGAGAUGGGAAGAAAAAUACAUUUAUUUGCGAGAAAUAAAUUGUCUCGCAAAUAAAUUGCGUUGCCCCAAAAAAACUUUGUGUUCUCUCGUCAAAGUGUUCCAUUCCCCCGAAAAACGUUGCAAACAUUGCAUCCUUUAGCAAAACAUUUGCGUUCUUUAAAAUACAAAGUUAAAAUACAACAUCUGAAAAUUGCAAAAAUUACACAAUUUGCUGAGAAAAUAAAAAAAAAACAGACUUCCUGUUGGGUUUUGGACUUCGUACUGGGGGACUUUUUUUAGGUAUUGGUGUCCACCGAAUUUCGCACAUGUACGUGAAAUGUCCCAGAUAGCACACAUACAUCUGCAAGAUGUCUGUUAAAGAUCACUUGAUCUGGAAAGCAUCUGCUGUGUACAAACAUCUGACAGACGUCUGUAAGAUAUCAGUUUUUCAUACAUUCUAAAUCAUAAACAUCUUAAAGACAUCUGAUAGGAAAUGUCCUAUAGACAUAUUGCAGAUGAGCAGACACUCUAAAAUAUACCUCUUCCAGAUGUAAAUGCAGACGUCUCUGUGAUGUACGUGUGCUAUCAGGGGUAGCUCGAGGGGCACUUCGUUGAAAUUUUAUAGGUGGCGCUAUCGAGCCAUUUUGACACACCCACUUCUGAAAACCAUAUCAGAUGUAAGUUUUUACUAUUUAUGGUGUGUGUGCAAAGCUUCAUGAGUUUUCGAGCAUGUUUAGGCCGUCAAAGAAGAAGAAGAAACAGAGCAAUUCCAAAUACGGUCCUCGCACCAAUGAUGCUCUUCUAAAAAAACAUUUUCUGAUACAACCGGACAUGUCAAUAAGCCCUUUGCUGAUUGGCUUGCACGACAGCGCAUCAUGCGAGUUUUCCGUUUCAAUUGAAUUGUUUUAACUUGGGCGGAAGAUGCAACUGAGGCGUAUAUUGCGUGAUCGCUUCAAUUGCAUCACCACAAAUUCGCUUCUAUUCACGUCCGUGCUUUGACUUUGUAUGUACUCUACUCACAGAUAAUUAAAUAUACUUUUUGGUGUGAACCCAGAUAGCUUGAUAAAGAUCACUUGAUCUGGAAAGCAUCUGCUGUGUACAAACAUCUGAAAGACGUCUGUAAGAUAUCAGUUUUACAUAUAUUCUGAAUCAUAAACAUCUAAGAUAUCUAAUAGACGUCUAUUUGACAUCUGAUAGAAAACGUCCUAUAGACAUAUUGCAGAUGAGCAAACACUCUAAUAAAUACAUCUUGCAGAUGUGAAAUAGAUGUCUCCAAGAUGUACGUGUGCUAUCAGUGAACACACCAUUAGGGCAGGUUUGGGUUUCUGCUACUGGAGAUUUUCCAGAGUUCAGUGCAAACCCUGCUUCAACACACCUGUCUGUAAUUAUCAAAUGCUCCUGAAGAUCUUGAUUAGCUGGUCCAUGUGUGUUUGAUUAGUGUUGGAAGGUAGAUCUCCAGGAACAAGAUUGGGCACCCUGCCUUCGGGGCUCUGUAUGAAACAGUGUUAACCAGCAUUUUAUUGUUUUUAAUACAGUUAUGUCAGCUUUAAAGAAUCUAACAAUAUUGCACAGAAGAACUAUUUAUCUUAGUGACUCUGUUUGGAGCUACAGUGUGUAACUGGUGGUACUUCAUCACCAUCCAAAUCAUAAGCAUUUCAAAGCAGCUAGUUCUAUAUGUAAACCAUAUGAAGAUCAUUUUCCUAAUGUCAUCUUUUUUCAUUACAUAAGAAAUCACACCACACAUAAUCUGAAACAGCAGAUGGACUCAGACAAUGCUGCCAGUGAUGAGCACCACUUCUCUCACGAUUACACAUGCAACAGUUUGUGACCACUCACCAGAUCCACUGUUACUCAUCUCACUGUCACCAUGGUGACACGAAA